AUGCCAGUGAAGGACCACCCUAUUCUGAACAACCCUGAUGCUACAAAAGAGACCAAUUUUAAGUCAUUGCUGGAACAACUUGUGAGUUUACGGGUGAAAGACGAUUCUUCUCCAGGUAACGUGGGCCAGUUGACAAAAGGAUAUUCCUCAAAAAAUGUCAAAGACCCCCCGGACUUUGUAGAGUCCCUGCCCCUGAAUUAUGUUACAGAGCACAAGCCGUUGAUGCCAGUGAAGGACCUCUCUGUUCAGAACAACCCUGAUGAUACAGAAGAGACCAAUUAUACGUCAUUGCUGGAAGAACUUGAGAGUUUAUGGGUGAAAGACGAGUAUUCUCCAAGUAACGUGGGCCAGUUGACAAAAGGAUAUUCCUCAAAAAAUGUCAAAGACCCCCCGGACUUUGUAGAGUCCCUGCCCCUGAAUUAUGUUACAGAGCACAAGCCGUUGAUGCCAGUGAAGGACCUCUCUGUUCAGAACAACCCUGAUGAUACAGAAGAGACCAAUUAUACGUCAUUGCUGGAAGAACUUGAGAGUUUAUGGGUGGAAGACGAGUAUUCUCCAGGUAACUUGGGCCAGUUGACAAAAGAAUAUUCCUCAAAAAAUGACAACCCUGAUGCAACAAAAGAGACCAAUUUUAAGUCAUUGCUGAAGAGCACCCUGAAGAUCAAACCCAGAGUCAACAUAUUGACUGACCCUUCUUACUCCGAGCCACUUGUGAAGGUGAACCUGAUUUUGGGGCCCGUUUUCUAUAGCUUCAUCUUAAUAGUGGUUCUCUAUGAGGCUGUGAGAAUCUCCAAGGAGGCUAGAAGGCGAUCUAAUGCUAUUGCCACUGCCAGGUUGAAGAAAAGGGAACCAGCCACCGCUGAGGCAUCCAACUACGAGGCAACCGAGAAGCCCUGCUACACACAGUCUUGGCUCACUGAGGUUUGCGUCAAUUAA